UCUAAAGAUUAUCUUGCUUAUUAUUAUUAUCAAUUUUUUAAAUUAUUUGAUGCUCAUUAGUUAGACUUAUACAUGUCUCUUAAAAUACUACUUAUUACACUCACAAUUACUCUUAUAGCUUUUAUAGCUAAUCAAAAUAUCUUCGAAUAUCAACGAUUCUAUAAUUCGUUUGAAAAAAAGUUAAACUCAACAUCAUGUCCGCUUUGUUUAGGCAUGGACUUUUGUCACAAUCUACAAUAUUUUGAAUUUAACCAUGAGAGGUAUAAAGUAACUAAUUUUGAUCAUCAAAAUAAAUUUUUAUACAUUUUUUGGGGAAUUAUACAUAUAUUGAAGCAAUGGCUUAUAAGGAACAAUAAAAUAUUUUUUGGAAAAAUAAAUUUAAAAAAUGGAACUACAUUACCACUAGUGGCAAAAAGAACUGAAAAUGAAAAAACUAAACAAUUUUUGGAAAAAGUUACAGAACUUGUUGAUGUAAAUUCUUUAAAUUCAAUUGAACAACUAAAAAUUUUACUAACUGGUACAAAUCUACCUUUUAUUGAUAAUGGGUUAGUUGUGUGUUCAAAAAAUGCCAAAAGGUCAUUCUCAUUGAUUUUUGAUUUAAUCAAAUUGUCAAUCGAUUCUAAUAACAAUAAAAAUAUCAGAUUAUGGUUAGAAUUGUAUACAGCCAUACAUUUAUCACCUGAAAUAAUACUACUCAAGAUUUUAAAAUUAAAGUCUUAUGUACCUAUUAUUUUUGGUACAUGUGGUAAUUAUUAUUUUGUUGAAGAUUGUGGUCAUACACUACAAUAUUAUAUUGGAAAAUUAAGAUUGAAUAUGAGGAUGCAGAUUGUCUAUGAGCUACUUAAGUUAGCCCUAGAACUUACUGAUGGUACUGCUCAUCGCGACUAUUCAUUUUACCUCACUGAUUUAACAGCAGAUAAUAUUGCCAUUCAAAUAGAUAGCUCUACAGGGUUAUUAUUGUCUUUGAAAAUUAUAGAUUGGAGUGAUGUCAUUGUUGUUUCUAAUAAAGAAAAUAGAUUUAAGUGUAAAUUAAAUUUUCAUUACAGUGAAUGUAUUGAAUGUUGUCCAGGUUGUUUAAUUUAUUCUGAAGAUGACAUAUGUAAAACAAGUUAUAGUGACCAUAACAUAUACGCUGUAUGUCAGGAAUUUUUAAGCUCUGGAGAAAGUAUAUUACCAGAAAUAACCAAUACAAAUAUACUAGAAAAUAGCAAUUAUGCAGAAUUUCAGACACUUAUCAAAAAUUGUGUUUGUGAUAGAUCAACAGAACAUCAAGUUAUUAGAAAUAGAUUGAAUACAGCAAAAUUAAUGAUUACUUUACUUGAAAAAAUAUUAAAAAUUACUUUUUAAAUUAAUUUUUAUUAUUUAUUGAAAAAUAUAAUAUAAAAUAAAAAUCUAUUUUACAACUUUUAAAAGAAAGUAUACUCCCCCAAUUUUUAUUGUUAAGAUUAAAAUGAUUAUUUAAAUAUACAUUUUUUUGUUUAAAUAAUAAAAUAAUUUAGUAUAUUUCAUUCAAUCCUUCAUUAAUGGAUAAUUUUUAAUAAUUAUUAAUAAUACCAUAUACUACUUCAUAGUCUCAAGAAUAAAGAAAUAUCAGGGAUUAACUAAUUAAGUUAUUAUUAAAAAAGUUUUUUGUUUUUAAGGUGACAAUCAUCAAAUAAUAUAAAAAAUCUAUACAGGUAUUUUUAAACUAAAAUUGUAAAGCAUUUUUUAAUUUAGCUAAAAUAAAGAUUUAUAAUAACAAACAAAUAUGAAAUAUAAUUUUUUCAGUGAUUUAUGUUCCAAUUAUAUAAUUCUGUUUUAUCUCAUA